AGAGAACUGGAUGGUGCUGUACUUCUCUGCGUCCCAGAAAGAUCCGAACCAUGAGACUAUCAGCAAGAAUUAUUUGGCUUGUAUUAUGGACUGUUUGUGUAGCAGAAGAUUGUAAAGGUCCUCCUCCAAAACAAAAUACAGAAAUUCUGACAGGUUCUUGGCCUGACGAACCAUAUGAAGAAGGUACUCAGGCCACCUACAAAUGCCGCCCUGGAUACCGAACACUUGGGACUAUUAUUAGAGUAUGCAAGAAUGGAGAAUGGGUGGCUUCUAACCCAUCCAGGAUAUGUCAGAAAAAGCCAUGUGGGCAUCCUGGAGAUACACCCUUUGGGUCCUUUAGUCUGGCAGUUGGAACUGGGUUUGAGUUUGGUGCAAAGGUUGUUUAUACCUGUAAUGACGGGUAUCAACUCUUAGGUGAGAUUGAUUAUCGUGAAUGUGAUGCAGAUGGGUGGACCAAUGAUGUUCCAUUAUGUGAAGUUGUUAAGUGUUUGCCGGUGACAGAACCCGAGAAUGGAAGAAUUGUAAGCGGUGCAGCGGAACCAGACCAGGAAUAUUAUUUUGGACAGGUGGUGCGCUUCGAAUGCAACACAGGCUUCAAGGUUGAAGGACAGAAGGAAAUACACUGCUCAGAUAAUGGCCUUUGGAGCAGUGAGAAGCCAAGAUGUGUGGAAAUUUCCUGCACACGACCAGAAAUUAAAAAUGGAAAUGGUAUAUCUAAUAAACCAGUUUACAAGGUGAAUGAAAGGUAUCAAUAUAAAUGUGACCGAGGUUUUCAGUUCAAAGAAAGAGGGGAUACCGUCUGCACAGCUUCCGGAUGGAAUCCUCAGCCUUCCUGUGAAGAAAUGACAUGCAAACCUCCUUAUAUUCCAAAUGGUAACUUCUCACCUCAGAGGAUCAAACACAGAGCUGAUGAUGAAAUCACAUAUGGAUGUAAAGAGGGCUUUUAUCCUGCAACCAGGGAAACAGUCGUAAAGUGUACAAGUACUGGCUGGAUUCCUGCUCCAAGAUGUGGCUUGAAACCUUGUGAUUUUCCACAAAUCAAAAAUGGGGGUCUAUAUGAUGAAAGGAACCGAAGACCCUACUUCCCAGUACCUAUAGGAAAGAAGUACGAAUAUUACUGCAACAGAGGUUUUGUUCCUCCUUCGGGACACUACUGGGAAUACAUUCACUGCACUGUACGAGGAUGGGAGCCUACAAUUCCGUGCCUCAGGAAAUGUGAGUACCAGUAUGUGGAGAAUGGGGAUUAUUUACAUUGGAAAGGAAACUAUGUACAGGACCAGUCUGUGAAAGUCAAGUGUUACCCUGGCUACAGUCUUCCAAAUGGUCAAGACACAGUUACAUGUACAGAGAACGGCUGGUCUCCUCAACCCAAAUGCAUCCGUGUCAAGACAUGUUUAAAGGAAAAUAUAGAGAUUGAGAAUGGGUUUCUUUCUGAAUCUGAUCAUACAUAUGUUCUAAAUAGAAAAACACAGUAUAGGUGCAAACAGGGAUACGUAACAGAAAGUGGAGAAACAUCAGGAACAAUUACCUGCCUCCAAAAUGGAUGGUCAGCUCAACCCUCAUGCAUCAAGUCUUGUGAUAGGCCUAUAUUUGAGAAUGCUGGAACUAAAAAUAAUAGCACAUGGUUUAAACUCAGUGAUAAAUUAGACUACGAAUGCCAUAUUGGAUAUGAAAACAAAUAUAAACAUACCAAAGGCUCCAUAACAUGUACAUAUGAUGGAUGGUCUGAUAUACCUUCGUGCUAUGAAAGAGAAUGCAGCAUCCCCUUACUACAACCACACUUAACUGUCAAUCCCAGGAAUGACAAAUAUAAAGUUGGAGAUUUGUUGAAAUUUUCUUGCCAACAAGAACACAGAGUUGGAACAGAUUCAGUGCAAUGCUACCACUUUGGAUGGUCUCCUAGUUUCCCAACAUGUAAAGGUAAAGUAGAAUCAUGUGAUCAACCUCCUGAACUUCUCAAUGGAGAAGUUAAGGGAACAAAGAAAGAAGAAUACAGCCAUGGUGAAGUGGUGGAAUAUGAUUGCAAGCCUAAAUUUCUCCUGAAGGGACCCAAUAAGAUCCAAUGUGUUGAUGGGAAGUGGACAACCUUGCCGAUGUGUGUCGAGGAGGAGAGAACAUGUGGAGACAUUCCUAAACUUGAGCAUGGCUUUGUCCAGUUUUUUGUCCCUCCCUACCAUCAUGGAGAUUCAGUGGAGUUCAACUGCACAGAAAACUUCACAAUGAUUGGACAUGGGUCAGUUUCAUGCAUUAGUGGAAGGUGGACCCAGCUUCCUCAGUGUGUAGCAACAGAUCAACUGAAGAAGUGUAAAGCACCAAAGGUAACUGGUGUGGACAGAAUUCAACCCAAUAAGAAAGAAUUUCAUCACAAUGUUAGCAUUGGUUACAAAUGUAGAGGAAAGAAGGAGCAUAAACACUCAACCUGCAUCAAUGGAAGGUGGGAUCCUGAGCCAACCUGUAGAGAGGAAGAAUCCUGCCCUCCUCCACCACAGAUUCCAAAUGCCCAAGUGAUGCAAACCACAGUGAAAUACCAGGAUGGAGAAAAAGUAUCUGUUCUUUGUCAAGACAAUUACAUAAUACAGGACACAGAAGAAAUGGUGUGCAGAGAUGGAAGGUGGCAGUCAUUACCACGCUGCAUUGUGAAAAUUCCAUGUUCCCAGCCCCCUGACAUAGACCAUGGAUCUAUUAAAUUACCCAGAGUGUCAGAAGAAAGGAGAGACAGAGUGGAGUCCAGAAUUCAUGAACACGGCACUACACUCAACUAUGUUUGUGAGGAUGGAUUUAGGAUGGCUGAGGAACACGGGGUAACCUGCAACAUGGGAAAGUGGAGUGCUCCACCUCGUUGUGUUGGACUUCCUUGUGGACCUCCACCUUCUAUCGAUCAUGGUAUUGUGUCUCAUGAACUAGAGAGUUACCAACAUGGAGAAGAGGUGACAUACAAUUGUGCUGAAGGCUUUGGAAUUAAUGGAUCAGCAUUGAUUAAAUGUGUAGGAGGAAAGUGGUCCGAGCCACCCAUUUGCAUGGUAACAGAUUGUGAAAAUUUGCCCAGGUUUGAAAAUGCCAUACCCCAAGAAGAGGAAAAAUAUUCGUAUAGGUCAGGUGAACAAGUGACAUUCACAUGUGAACCUUCUUAUCAUGUGAAUGGGUCCAACCUUGUGACAUGUGUUAAUCGCGAAUGGAUUGGAGAGGUGGUAUGCAAAGACAAUUCUUGUGUGGAUCCACCACUUGUGAAAAAUGCUACUAUAAUAACAAGGCCCAUGGAUAAAUAUCCACCCAAUUCGAAAGUACGGUAUGAAUGUAAUAAGUCUUUUGAACUAUUUGGGGAAGUAGAAGUGAUGUGUCAAAAUGGGGUCUGGACAGAGCCACCAAAAUGCAAAGAUUCAACAGGGAAAUGUGGGCCUCCUCCACCUAUUGACAAUGGAGACAUCACCUCCUUCCCAUUGCCAGUGUAUGCACCAUUAUCAUCAGUUGAAUAUCAGUGCCAGUCCUUGUACCAACUACAGGGCAACAAGAAAAUAACAUGUAGAAAUGGAGAGUGGUCAGAGCCACCAAAAUGUUUACAUGCAUGUGUAAUAUUAGAAGAAAUUAUGGAAAGACAUAACAUAACUUUGAGAUGGAAAGAAAAGCAAAAGCUAUAUUCUCCAUCAGGGGACAAUGUUGAAUUUCAGUGUAAAUAUGGAUAUCAACUGACAGAAACAUCACCUCCAUUACGUACAAAGUGCAUUGAUGGUCACAUCAAUUAUCCCAGAUGCUCAAAAAGACGUUAUUGGUACAACGGAUGAAUGAACCUUUGUUUAGAAAUGUGCAUGAAUAUUAAUAGUAUAGUUUCAAAAAUCUAUGUUUCAAGUAUUGUUUAAGUCAUUUCUUCUCAUAAAUAUAAACUUGUGUUGAUAUAUGGUGAUUGAUUUAGAGCCUGAGAGACCACUGCCUCAAAUGCAAAGUAGUGCAUUCAGAACUCCUAAAGCAGAAUGGGCUGUGCGCUAGCACAGUAACCAAUGGUAAUAAAAUAGAUGCAAUUACUUCAGUGUCUAUUUCUAUCCACCACUUUUCAAAAUCUCUCUGUUCUUCUUUAAUAUGUUUUGAUCUAAGACUCUGAUUAUUGGUGGACAGAAGAAAUAUUGUUUCAUCUUACAUCAGUAUUUAUCUCACAAAUAUGUAAUAAUCAAACUGUCAUACUUAACAUUACCAAUGAAUAUAAAUAAUUGCUAAAUACUACUUUUAUAUUAAUAAACAAAUCUAGGAAAUAUUUUGUGUGUGAAUUUCUGAAUAUGUUAUUUGGCACAGUGAAAUAUUCAAGCAGUUAUACAAAGGAAUUAAAAUUUAACUGGGUAUAGGGUUCUGUCCCUGACAUAAACCUAUAAAUACUCUGUAUAACUGAUAAACAGGCAAUGAGCAUAUGCAUACUUUGUGCCCAAAUUAGUAAAUGUAAAAUAACAAUAAAUACAAUAAAAUUUAUUUAAAAAGCACUGUAUUUAUCUUUAGAAGUAAUAGUGUUUGUUGAGUUGCCAUUUAAUAUCUUUAAAGACAGUUUCUAAUUUACAGUAGAUGGACAUGACAUAAACUUUAUGAUAGUGAAAAGGUAAUAAUUAUUCAGCAAAUCCUGCUAUGAUUUUAUCUUUAUUCCUGAGCUCUCUAUGUGUAAUUUAACACUGUGAAAAUGGGCGGCAGUAACUCACCAUUGUUCUUAUUCAGCCAAGUAAACCAUGCAACAAUUCUAAGGUCCCGUGGAGGUUUACUCCAAUUAAUAGAAAUUGGGUAUUUAAAACGGAUUUAAACUGAGUGUUUUCAGUAUACCUUGGCUAGUCAGGAUGUAAUUCCAGUAUAAACUGAAGAGUAUUAAUACUUAUCUUUAUAUUUCAAUACAUCUACCAUUAACAUAAUAGGUUUUUUGUUUGUGUUUCCCAUACAAUGCGAGGCAGGAUCCAAUUAGCUAUCUUUAUAAGUUGAAUUCUAUCACUUUUGGGAGAUUUGCUGUUAAUCUCUCCCAGAAAAUUCCUGCAAGCUCUUUACCAAGGUUCACUUUCUGCCCAUAAUUUGUCAAUUUCAUCAUUAGUUAAAGGUCCUAAAAUUUCUGCUGGGCCUAUUUCUGCUAAUUGACAAAGUCUCAAUUUCCCUUUUAAAAUUAUCUCAAAGAUCUUUUCCACAUAAGUUUUUAAUUUUAUAUUCUGUUUAAUUGCUAGAAAUAUCCAUAGCAAUAUAAUAUCUUCCCUCUGCAUUAAAAUUCAUGUAGGAGAAUGCUUAGAGGGUAAAAUAACCCAAAUGCAAUCAAGUUUUGGUUCCACAUGAUCUACAUGUGUUCCUGUAUUUUAUUUUCCACCAAAGCCAGUUCUUUCUCAGCUCCAGCUGAUAAUUCUCUUGGACUAUUUAAGUCCUUGUCACCCUCUAAGAUUUUGAACAAACUACUCAGUUCACCAUUUUUUACUCCAAUAGUGGUCUAUAGAUUGGAAAUGUCUCUGAAUAAUCUUUGAAAGCCAUUAAGAGUCUAUAAUUGAACUCUCCUAAUUUGCAUCUCUUAGGGUCUAAUUUUUGUAGACCUUUUUUAUACUCUAAAUAAUUAAUAGAAUCUCAUUUUCUUAUCUUUUCAAGAGCAAUUUCUAAUCCCCAACAAGGCAAAAUUUUCUUUACUUUUUCAAACAUUCUUUCUAAGUUAUCUGCAUUUGAAUCAGCUAAUAAAAUUUUGUCCAUGCAAUGAUAAAUUAUAGAUUUAGAAAACUGUUUACAUAUUAUUUCCAAUGGCUGUCUUAUAAAAUAUUGGCACAGGGUUGGGCUAUUUAAAAUUCCCUGUGAGAGAACCCUCCAUAGAUAUCUCUUAACCAGCUGAGAAUUAUUAUAAGUAGGCACUGUGAAGGCAAACCUUUCUCUGUCUAUUUUUUUGUAAGGGUAUUGAGAAGAAACAGUCUUUUAAAUUGAUAACUAUAAGAGGACAUUCUUUAGGUAACAGAGUAGGCAAAGAAAUUCCAGAUUGUAGAGAACCCAAUGGCUGAAUUACCUAGUUAAUAGCUCUUAGAUCUGUUACCCUUUUCCACUUACAAGAUUUCUUUUUAAAUAACAAAUACAGGAGAAUUCCAAGGACUGGUUGAUUCUUCAAUAUGCUGAGCAUUUAACUGUUCUUGUACCAGCUGUUCUAAGGCCUGUAGUUUCUCUUUUAUUAAAGGCCAUUGCUGAACCCAUACAGGCUUGUGUGUUAACCAUUUUAAAGGUAAGGAUGUUGAUGUCUUUGAAAGGUCAGCAGCUGUUGUGCCCUGUGCUUGUACAAUCUGGAUGGUCGGUGACUUUUUUAUAAUACCUUCUAAUGUUUUUCUCAGAAACAUAUGUUAGUUUAUGAUUUGUUUCUGAGGUUGAAGGAAUGUUAAUCUGCACAUUCCAUUGUUGUAAUAAAUCAUCUCUCCAUUGAUCAUAACUGUAUUAGCCACAUAUGGCUUUAAUUUUCCUCUUUGUCCUUUUGGCCAUGAUAUUUGACUCAUCUCAUGCUCUGUUUCACUUGAGAUAAUGUUCCAAGCUCUAAAAGCUGAACAUUUACCUCCUGAAAAGGACAAUAUAGAUGCCAAGAUUCUGGUACAAUUAUUGUUACAUUCACAUCAGUGUCUAUAAGAAUUUCAAUGGGAACAUCAUGUAUUCAUAUUUUAAUUUUGAUCUUUGUUCAUUUAUAGAAGUUUGCCAAAAAUUUCACCUUAUGGUUUCUUGUAGAUGUAACCAACCAUCUUAUUAAAUAAGAAACACAGAACCAAUGCAAAGAAGAAAGCCAAGAGAUCAGAGCUAAGAGCCUUAUGCAUCUGCUGCAGCUAGCCUCUUCAGCCAAGAGACCUCUCCGAAAAAGGAGCUACUUCCUGUCUGUUUGUCUUUAUAUAGACUUUCUGUUCUGCCUUCUCAUUGGUUGUAAAACCAACCACAUGACUGCCUCGUCACUGUCUGUUGUACAGCCCUCCAGGUCUUCUAUGGUAUUGAGAUUAAAGGUGUAUGUCUCCAA